GUAGGCACCUGCAGAAAUAUGGUGUCUCCCACACCACCGUGGCGCUGGUCAUCUAUCCAGAGGCCACUGGUCUGGGCAAAUCGUAUUCAGGUGCUGAUUAGGACACACACACAAUCAGGACAGAUGGACAAGGGCCGCCGGGAUGGAAGGGGGCGGUGCAAGUGUCCGUUUUGAAGGGAGCAGGGGACGGCACUCUCCUCACCGGGACAUCAGAGGAUGGAGCCAGCGUGGCUGUGGCUGUGGCUGCUGGGAGCAGGGAUCCUGGCCUCUGCCCAUGGAGACAAGAGCCCGGGGUUGCCUCAAGCCCCCAGGGGUGGGCUCCCAGAGCCAGCGCCCGCCUACCGCCAAGUCACACCCACCAUCACCAGCUUUGCUUUGCGCGUGUACAAGCAGCUGGCAGCGGAAACCCCAGGAAACAUCCUCUUCUCCCCGGUGAGCAUCGCCAGCACCCUGGCCCUGCUCUCUCUCGGGGCCCAAGCCGACACCUCGACCCAGAUCCUGCAGGGCCUGGGCUUUAACCUCACGGAGACCCCGCAGGCCAGCAUCCACCGCGGCUUCCAGAGCCUCAUCCACGCCCUUGACCUGCCCAGUCCCAAACUGGAGCUGAAAGCAGGCCACUCCCUGUUCCUGGACAAGCAGCUGAAGCCUCGUCAGCGCCUUCUGGACGACAUCAGGGAGCUGUAUGGAGCCGUGGCUUUCUCCGUUAACCUCACGGAUUCUGCCACCGCCUGGAGGCAGAUGAAUGACUACGUGAGGAAGCAAACGUACGGGCAGGUGGUGGAUGGCCUGCAGGGGUUCAGCGAGGACACGCCCAUGGUUCUCCUGAACUACAUCUUCUUCAAAGCCAAGUGGAAGCAUCCUUUCCAGCGCUACCAGACCCCGAAGCAAGAGAGCUUCUUCGUGAACGAGAGGACCUCCCUCCACAUCCCCAUGAUGCACCAGAAGGAAAUGCACAGGUUCCUGUACGACCAGGAGCGGGCCUGCACGGUGCUGCAGAUCGAGUACAGCGGCAACGCGCUGGCCCUGCUCAUCCUCCCGGACCCGGGGCAAAUGCAGCAGGUGGAGGCGGCUCUGCAGCCCGAGACCCUGCGGACAUGGAGCCAGCUGCUCCUGCCCAGCGUGCUGGACUUGCACUUGCCAAGGUUUGCCAUUUCUGGAGCAUAUAACCUGGAAGAGAUACUUCCCCACAUCGGGCUCAGCAACAUUUUCAACUUAGGAGCCGACUUGCUGGGAGCCCCUGGGCGGCUGAAUGGAACCAUCUUCCGGGUGUCGCACAAGGCAGCCAUGGACAUGAGUGAGCGGGGAACCAAGGCUGGGGCUGCCUCCGGCCUCCUCUCCCAACCCCGGCCUCUGAACAUGACGUGGGCCCCCCACACCCGUUUCAACAGGCCUUUCCUGGUGCUUGUCUGGGAGGUGACCACCCAGAGCUUACUCCUCCUGGGAAAGGUCGCCAACCCAGCUGCAGGUUGACGCCGGGGAGGCAGGAGGGUCCUGUCGCCUCUGCAAACCCGCAG